CACAAAUCAAAUCAUGUCUCAAUCCAAACCCUCCAUCGUGCUGGUCCCCGGAGCCUUCGCUCCCCCCGAAUGCUACGAAGGGGUGACCACCAAAGUCGCCAGUCAGGGCUACGACAUCCACGCGGUCCGACUCCCCAGCGUGGCCCCGAGCGCCGGCCCCUUGCCCCCGCCCGGCACCAUGUACGACGAUGCGGCGGCGAUUGCGCGAGAGAUUAGCCGCCUGGUGGAACAAGGGAAGGAGGUGGUGGUGGUGGCCCACUCGUAUGGCGGGACACCCGCCAGCCAGAGCGUUCAGGGUUUGGUGAAGCGGGAGGGGGCUGGCGGGGUGGUGCGUCUGGCCUAUCUCGCGGCCCUGGUCCCGUCGCUGGGCGCCCCGGCCGCGGCGGUGCUGGCGGAUGUCCCCCAAAGGGAAACGUCCGUCGAUGAACAGGGAUGGAUCAGUCAGGUUGACAUUCCGGCUUUUGCAGCCGCCUGCUUCUCCGAUAUGCCCCCGGACGAGGGCCUCGCAUGGAUGCAACAGUUCACUCGCCAUUCCGCGGUCAGCAUGGUCAACCCCUUGACCUAUGCCGGGUACAAGGACGUUCCUGUGGCGUAUCUACUGUGUGAUGGAGACCGGAUCGUGCCGCCGGGAGUGCAGCAGCAGGCGAUUGAUCGGAUUGCCAGCGAGAGCGGGCGAGAGGUGGAUGUGACGGUGAUUCCCACGGGUCAUGUCCCGGUCGCGAGUGCGCCCGAGGUGGUGGUGGAUUGGAUUGUGCGGGUGGCGGGCGGGGAUGAGAGCAUCCAGUAAU